UUCUUCUUCUAGUGUAAAAGCAUUGAUCUCAAAAUCAAUAGGCUGAAUAAUUAAUCAAGCAAAGCACUCCUUUUAAAUAUGAGUGUAUAUGUCAGUCACUUGUUGUGCUGUACUUACAAGUGUGUGCAUAUAUUUCUCAGUGCAGAACCGUACCGUAGAACGAAGCUGCGGUCGUCAAAAAUUAGGCAACGGGCAGCGCAAACUCCCCGGAGAGCCGGCCAAAAUUUAGCAGUUACUCUAGGAACCACUGCCACGCGUGUCCUCUCUCCGGCUUCGACCGUUUUCCACGCUUCGUCCCAUUUUUUUUUUUUUUUUUUUGCUCACUGCAUGCUUUCCCUCUCGAACCUUUCUCCCAUUCCAGUGUGUGUGUGUACUAGCUCGCUCUGGUGACGCCGCUCGAUCUCCCAUAUGCGCCGAGAUGGCCACAGAGCUGCCAGCGGCGGAGAUGGCCAACAUGCUGCCGCCGAGGAACGCCACGGUGCAGGUGUCGCCGGGCAACAACAUCUCCAGCGCCGCCUCUGUCGUGUGCUACUCGCCGAUGAUGGUGACGGCCUACGGCAUCUGGCAGGGGGUCAACCCACUGGAGUUCUCUCUCCCUCUCUUCAUCCUCCAGACGGCCAUCAUCGUCGCCACCACCCGCCUCCUCGUCCUCCUCCUCAAGCCCUUCCGCCAGCCUCGCGUCAUUGCUGAGAUCCUCGCCGGCGUGAUCCUUGGGCCGUCGGUGAUGGGGCAGGUGGAGGUCUGGGGGAACACGGUGUUCCCGGUGCGGAGCUUGCUGACGCUGGAGACGGUGGCGCACCUCGGCCUCCUCUACUUCCUCUUCCUGGUGGGCCUCGAGAUGGACGUCAACGUCAUCAAGCGGUCGGGGAAGAAGGCCCUCAUCAUCGCGGUGGCCGGGAUGGCGCUGCCGUUCUGCAUCGGCACCGCCACGUCCUUCAUCUUCCGGCACCAGGUGUCCAAGAACGUGCACCAGGCCUCCUUCCUGCUCUUCCUCGGCGUGGCGCUCUCCGUGACGGCGUUCCCGGUGCUGGCCCGCAUCCUCGCCGAGAUCAAGCUGCUCAACUCCGACCUCGGACGCAUCGCCAUGUCCGCCGCCAUCGUCAACGACAUGUGCGCGUGGAUCCUGCUCGCGCUCGCCAUCGCCAUCUCCGAGGUCAACAGCACCGCCUUGUCCUCCCUGUGGGUGCUCCUCUCGGGGGUCUUCUUCGUGCUCGCCUGCUUCUACAUCGUGCGCCCGCUCAUGUGGUGGAUCGCCCGCCGUGUCCCCGAGGGCGAGGCCAUCAGCGACAUGCACGUCACGCUCGUGCUCACCGGCGUCAUGAUCGCCGGCGUCUGCACCGACGCCAUCGGCAUCCACUCCGUCUUCGGCGCGUUCGUCUACGGGCUCGUCAUACCCAGCGGGCAGCUGGGCGUCGUGCUCAUCGAGAAGCUCGAGGACUUCGUCACCGGGCUGCUCCUCCCUCUCUUCUUCGCCAUCAGUGGCCUCCGCACCAACAUCACCCGGGUGCACGAUCCCGUCACCGUGGGGCUCCUCGUGCUCGUCUUCACCAUGGCCAGCUUCGCCAAGGUCAUGGGCACCAUCCUUAUCGCUGUCUCCUACACCAUGACCUUCCGCGACGGCGUCGCUCUCGGCUUUCUCAUGAACACCAGAGGACUCGUCGAGAUGAUCGUCCUCAACAUCGGAAGGGACAAGGAGGUGCUGGACGACGAGUCGUUCGCGGUGAUGGUGCUGGUGUCUGUGGCGAUGACGGCGCUCGUGACGCCCGUGGUGACGACGGUGUACCGCCCGGCGCGGCGGCUGGUCGGCUACAAGCGGCGCAACCUGCAGCGGUCCAAGCACGACGCGGAGCUGCGCAUGCUGGCGUGCGUGCACACCACUCGCAACGUGCCGUCCAUCAUCUCGCUGCUGGAGCUUUCCAACCCAACCAAGCGCUCCCCCAUCUUCAUCUACGCGCUGCACCUGGUGGAGCUCACCGGCCGCGCGUCCAACAUGCUCGCCGCCCACCACUCCGCCACCAGCAACCAGAACCGCAGCUCCAGCUCGGCUCCUGGCUCCGGCGACCACAUCUUCAACGCCUUCGAGAGCUACGAGGAGAGCGUCGGCGGCGUGUCCAUCCAGGCGCUCACGGCGGUGUCGCCGUACCAGACGAUGCACGAGGACGUGUCGGUGCUGGCGGAGGACAAGCACGUCUCCCUCAUCGUGCUCCCGUUCCACAAGCAGCAGACGGUGGACGGCGGGAUGGAGCCCAUCAACGCGUCCCUCCGGGGUUUCAACGAGAACAUCCUCUCGUCGGCGCCGUGCUCGGUGGCCAUCCUCGUGGACCGCGGCCUCAGCGCCGCGGCGGCGCGCAUGGCGAGCGUGCACCACGUCGCGCUGCUCUUCUUCGGCGGUCCCGACGACCGCGAGGGGCUCGCCUACGCGUGGCGCAUGGUGGAGCACCCGGGCGUCUGCCUCACCGUCGUCCGGUUCAUCCCGCCGGACUACAAGGCCCCCGCGCUGACGCUGACGCCGCCGCAGCAGCACAUGAUGCCGCCGGCGCCACGGGUGCCCGCGUCGUCCAACGUCGUCCAGGCGCGCGCCACCGCCAUCACCAUCGUCCCGGACGCCGGCAAGAGCGAGCGGCAGAUGGACGAGGAGUACCUGAACGAGUUCCGGACGCGCAACAUCGGCAACGACGCCAUCCUGUACAUGGAGCAGGUGGUGGCCAACAGCGAGGAGACGCUGGCGGCCAUCAGGGGACUGGACAGCGCGCACGAGCUGUACAUCGUGGGGAGGCACCCCGGCGAGGCCGGGUCGCCGCUCACGUCGGCGCUGGCGGAGUGGAUGGAGUCGCCGGAGCUGGGCCCAAUCGGCGACCUGCUGGUGUCGUCCGAGUUCUCCAAGAUGGUGUCCGUGCUGGUGAUGCAGCAGUACGUGAUCACGACGCCGCAGCCGGCCGUGGGGCCAGCCGUGCCCGUGACCGACGACCCCGUCCGGCAGUACGUGACCAACGCCAACCAGCGGGCGUCGCCGUCGGUGGGUCUCGGCGGCAACCAGAUGGGCCGCGGCGGGUGGGGUGGCGGUGCCGGAGGGUUCUGACCUCUGGCACGUACGCACGUUGGUUGAUGAUUCAUCGGAUAUAUAGGAGGUUAUACAUACGUACGUACGUGUUUUGGAUGGCAGCACGUUUAUAGGGGGCUUCAAUUGAUGAAGCGAUGUUGUGUGUACAAUUUGUUAGCUUAUCGCUAUCCUGUCUGGUUAGUACUAGCUCUUUUGUGAUUUUUAGGAUGGGGAGGCGACAAGGUGUGUGUCUAACUGUGUUAGCAGCUCUUCUACAAAUCUUUUGCUGUAGCUGUUAAAAAGGGUUUCUCGUUCUCGAACUAAACAGUAGUCAGGUUUUGUAAUGCAUCUAUUUUUCUAUCUUCGACCCUCA